GCGGCGGUGGCGGUGCAGCUGCUGCAAGGCCUUCGGUGGGAAACCUGAUUGGGGGAAGCCUUCGACGAUCUGGAGUUGUUUGGCAUUGAACAGUUUGAUCGUUGAUCGUCGAGCGGUGAAGACGUAUCUUGGGCAGAUGUCGCAAGUUUAGGUUUCGGAACAAUCACGGCAACCCAGCUCAGUGUUGUGAGUUUUUGUGUGAAAAUCGCUGGAGAUAAGAAUUGAGGGUGAUCGCUAGAAAGAGGUGUGUCCGAUCGAUCGCGUCUUUUGGAAGAAAGUGACAAAGAGGAAGUGACAUAUUUUGUGACUAGCUCCAGGCCAUUCAAUAGCGGAAAACUGAUCGUACGGUAUAUUGGUGGGCGAAAUUUUUAGAAAUAAAAUGUGCGAUUUUAGUGUACCCAUUUUUGAUGCUAUUUUGGCGCAAUUCUAAGCAAAUCCACGAAAAGUAGCAGGAAAACUGUUAUAUCCGCAGAAAAGAGAGCGGAAGCAAAAGUUGAAAUUUGUUUUUUUAAGUGAAGAGUUCAACAGCAGUCGUAACAAUGAAGUGCUUGGUUCCCAGUUGUGGGUGCUUCUUCUCGGUGGUGAUAGUGUUCCUACUGGCCUCGGUGCUGACCGCGGAGGCCAAACUGGCGGCUCAUGGCAAAUAUCAGAUGAUGGCCGCGCCAAACAAAAAUACCGACGAGCGCAGUUUUAUGGAUAAUGUGAAGAUGGUGUUCGGCAGAGGCAGCAAUAAACCACCGGCUCACGAUACGCCCUCCAGUUCCUGCAGUUGUCGUUGCGGCGAACGUAAUGACGCUUCACGAAUCGUUGGCGGUCAGCCUACGGGUAUCAACGAGUUUCCCUGGAUGGCACGGUUGAGCUACUUCAAUCGGUUCUACUGCGGGGGAAUGCUAAUCAACGACCGCUACGUGCUGACGGCAGCCCAUUGCGUCAAAGGUUUCAUGUGGUUCAUGAUCAAGGUGACGUUUGGGGAGCACAACCGUUGCGACGACACCGUCCGGCCGGAGACCCGGUUCGUGCUGCGAGCCAUCGCCCAGAAGUUCAGCUUCCUCAACUUUGACAACGACAUCGCGCUGCUGCGGCUGAACGACCGCGUUCCGAUAACCGACUUCAUUCGGCCGAUCUGCUUGCCGACCGAUCCAGCGAAAACGUAUGUCGGAACGAACGGACUGGCAACCGGUUGGGGUACCCUGAAGGAGGACGGCAAGCCCUCGUGCAUUCUGCAGGAGGUUGAAGUGCCCGUCAUUUCCAACGAUGUGUGCAGCAGCGAGACCAACUACACCUCGUCGAUGAUCACCGACAACAUGAUGUGCGCCGGAUAUCUGGGAGUGGGCAAGAAGGAUUCCUGCCAAGGGGACAGCGGUGGUCCACUGGUUGCCGAGCGGCCCGACAAGCGAUACGAACUGAUUGGAGUAGUGUCCUGGGGCAACGGUUGCGCCCGGCCGUACUAUCCGGGAGUUUACACCAGGGUGACCCAGUAUCUGGACUGGAUCAAAGAAAAUUCCAACGACGGAUGCUUCUGUAAUGAAUGAGACCUGAGGUGACAAACCGGGUGUCACACUUGGGUUGUAGAGUGAUUCUAGGGAAAAAAUGUGUGCUAUUUUUGUGGAAUUUAAAAGCAAUUGUGUUGAACGGUAACAGUAAAAUGAUGAGUCUGUUACUCGGUGUAAAUUUUUGUAACUAGAACUAAUGAAGUGCAGCGCACCUAGUUUCGGGCCGGGAAGACAAACGACCAGCUCUCUCAAACCGGGAACCGCUCUACGACCCUCUGUCGAGUUUAACCAGCGAAGCCAAUGUGCGUAUUUAGUAUAGAAUAACGAUGUGGAACGAAACGAAUAAAACGUAAGUUGCAACUUGAAACACGAAAAGACUUUACGAAGUGAAUCGAAAGAGCGAAAAGCAGUGGAGUAACGUUAAGCUAUAUAAGUAACCGAAUUAAUUUAUAGAACUACUGUGUAUGAAUAAAACAAAAGAACAACGAAAUGAAAACAAG